GCCAUGGAGGAAGCCCUCAACAGCACGAUUGAUCCGGCUUGUUUACAAGAGCCCCCGCUGGCUAUCGACGUGAUAAAGCAGCUAGAUGUGUUUGAAUUUUGGCUGUACUCCAUGUUCACCUUCAUGUCCUGCAUGUCCCUGCUGCUAUACCUGGAACAGUGUGUCUACAUUUAUAAAAAACUGCCCUACCCCAAGAAGACCACCAUCAUGUGGAUAAAUGGAGCAGCACCAGUCAUUGCAACCAUGGCUUGUUUUGGGAUGUGGAUCCCGAGGGCAGUCAUGCUCACAGACAUGACAUCUAAUUGUUAUUUUGCAGUCGUGGUGUAUAAGGUCUUGGUUCUGAUGAUCGAGGAGUUUGGGGGCAGCAGUGUUUUUCUGGAGCGGUUUUCUGGUAAAACCUUUAGGAUCAACACAGGACCCUGCUGCUGCUGCUGCCCAUGUUUACCCCGCGUGCCCUUGUCACGGCGACUGUUGUUCUGGCUGAAGUUGGGUGCGCUUCAGUAUGCAAUCCUAAAGACGGUGCUCUCUAUCCUCGCCAUAAUACUGUGGACAAACGGCAACUUUGAUCUCUCUGACCUAGAGAUCACUGGUACGGCCAUUUGGAUUAACCCAUUCAUUGGCAUUCUCACUAUCACCUCCCUUUGGCCGGUUGCCAUCGUCUUCAUGAACACUAACAUAUUUCUACGCAGCCUCAAAAUUGUGCCCAAGUACGCCAUGUACCAACUAGUACUUGUACUGAGUCAGCUGCAGACAUCAAUCAUUAACAUCCUGGCCUUGGAUGGAACCAUCGCCUGUGCCCCUCCCUUCUCCUCUCAAGCUCGUGGAUCCAUGCUGAGUCAGCAGAUGAUGAUCAUGGAGAUGUUCAUCAUCACUCUGGUCAAUCGGUUUUUGUACCGUCGUAUAUAUGACUCACUUCCCUCUGAGGCACAUGACAACGACCACAACGACAAGGCCGCCCUGCAGGCUGCUCUCGUGGAGCAUGAUGUUUAA